AGAUGCUAAUAAGUUGGAGGCAUGAACGAAAAACACACAUAGACCCUAAAUAAAACGGUUUAAAGUCCAAAUGUAGAUGCUGUUAGUAGUUUGGACUGUUUUCUGUCGUGUUAAGGCCAUAUGUGUCAUUUUGUAGUUGAUUCCGUUAAUUCUGCCUUUUAAUAGCAUUAGCAAAGUAGCUCGUUUGACAUCUGCUGAAGCACUGAGCUGUUACAAUCCAGUCUCUGGUUUUGUCUGGACUUUCUAAGACAUGGAGGAGAAUGAAACCGAAGUACUGAAAGCUUCAGUUAAUGCAGUGGAGUUUAUUUACAGCAUUGGAUCCAGGGAUCUGGAUGAUUGUUUGUUUGCGGAUUCACUUGUGACUGUGUCAGAUUCGGGCAGGGAGCUGGGAGACUUCUCUGUGAGUGUCACCAAGGCCAGCUACAACGAGGAGCUCUGCUAUCUGCUCCAUGCCAACAGUCAUGGAACGAUUGAUGACAUUCCUUGUGGCACAUCCAUUGAAGCCUACAUAUCCAAAAAGCUUGAGAUACUGGAAGAGAAUCAUCAUGAAUAUGUAAAGCUGGAAAAGCAGACGGUGGACCGGAAGGUACAUAUUGUUAGACAGGAUGAUCAACUAGUGGUAAACAGGAUCAUCUCAGAGAAAGAGGGAGUGAAGACACAAACCCACACAUUUCCACUGAGUUCUCUUAAAGGCUUUGUGUCUGAGGCAUCCAACUUCCUGAUCCUGCGCAUUCUGGCUCGGCACAAGACUGUUCCAGAAAAUAUGACAUUCCUGUCAUUUGAUGCAAAUACAGUGCUUUCUAAAUCAGUUUAUAGAGAACUUGGGUGUAAGAAGCAGAUGAUUGGGGAAGAGUUAGUCGAUAUCUUUGGGAUUGAAAGGACUGUCUCCUCUGCUAAUGACUCCUCAGCAACUUGGCAUUGCUACUUCAUGCCUGAUGGGCAUCUGGCAAGCAGAGUGCAGUUGGGCUCGCCUGCAAUUAUGAAGCUACUGCAUUUGCCUUUCUUGCUCGAUGGAGUGGAGAAAGACCACAUUCCUGUGUUUGAGAAGAAGCCACUCAUUUGGGAGGAAGACUUGGAGCUUUACUCAAAGUUUCUAGACAGAAAGGAGGAACUCAAAGCGGACUACUCCUCCUACAUCAGACAACACCCUGAGCUAAAGGCUUUAAUGGCGGACUUCCUGCAGUUCCUGCUGUUGAGGAAACCUCAAGAUGUCUUCUCCUUUGCUCGUGACUUUUUUGCACCCUUUGCCUCUCAAAGUCCUCAGGGAAAAUCCCGUAAUGACUCCCAAAACUUUCCAUAGGGAUAAUAAACACUAACAAAGUGUGUGAUGUAGCAGAGAUUGAAAAUAAAAGUUUUCUUCUAAUAGU